AUGAACUACUAAAACUUCCGGAGCCAAAAAAUACGGCGAGUUUGAACCCCCUGCUGGCAGCACUGGUCUUUUGAGAUCACUUGUUUGAAGCCCCUGGCUGUCGACGAGAAAAUGCAAGCGUUUCUGAAGACUGGAAAAUUAUGUGCUUCAGAUCUUAAAAAAUCAUCGACCUCACGCGUCAAAGAUGACAAGAAGAAUCUCACACCAUGGGUUGAAAAAUAUAGACCGAAAAAUGUUGACGAUAUUGUGGAACAAACAGAAGUGGUACAUGUUGUUAGGCAAGUUAUGGAACGUGGAGACUUUCCCAACAUGUUAUUUUAUGGACCACCAGGUACUGGUAAAACCAGCAUUAUUCACGCAGCUGCAAGACAAAUGUUUGGUAGCAUAUAUAGAGACAGAAUAUUAGAACUGAAUGCCUCUGAUGACAGAGGUAUCCAAGUUGUGAGAGAAAAAAUCAAGUCCUUUGCACUAAGAAGGGCUAAUCCUACUGGGCCAGACGGAAAAAAAUAUCCACCCUUUAAAAUCGUUAUUCUGGAUGAAGCGGAUAGCAUGACCGAUGCUGCUCAGACGGCACUUCGUCGAAUCAUCGAAAAAGAGGCUCUUAGUACACGUUUCUGUCUGGUGUGUAAUUACUUGUCCCGGAUUAUCAAACCAAUUGCAUCACGCUGCACCAAGUUUCGAUUUAAGCCGCUUAGCAAUGAAAAGAGCAUCUCCAGGCUAGAGUACAUAUGUAACGAGGAGAACCUAAAAGCUGAUAGAAACGUUUUAGAGAAAAUUGUCAAAGCGUCAAGCGGUGAUUUAAGACAAGCUGUUAUGUGUCUUCAGUCUAUCACCCGAUUAAAGGGUAAGGAUCACGAGAUCAUGGUCGACGACGCCCUCGAUGUAAUUGGACUGGUCCCUGAUGAAAAUAUUGAUGCAUUGUGGGAGACUUGUAAAAAGGGGAGUUACAAUACUAUUCAGAAGCUACUUGAAGACUUAUUAUUAGAAGGAUAUCCAGGUUUGCAGAUAAUCGACCAAUUAAAUGAGAAGAUCAUUUUCUCCGAUGAACUUACUGAUAAACAAAAAAUGUUGAUUGGCGACGUGCUUGGCGUAAGAAAUCAUUUUUGCUUACAUUUCAAAAGUUAAUAAUAGAUUAGAACAGAUUUCUCUUUUUAGUUA